AUGGGCACGCCAAGUCGUUGGGAUCAAAACUCUCGUGGGGCGCGCGCGCCUUACUCGACCUCUCGCUACGCGGCCGGAUCGUCCGAACAAGUUGCGCCUCCUCCAUCCCUGCCGUCUGCGGCAGCGGCAGAUCGGCGAGGGGGGAAGCCUCCCAAUCUAUCCAUGUCUCUACCUUCCGAUGCCUUCUCAGCCUUGGCGGCUCCGCAAGCACCCGAUCUGCCUGUUCCACCUCACCCACAAGAUGCUCAGCUUCACUCCUUCUUGCCGCAUUCGGGUCCAGAGUGGACGAGAGACGACGCCAAAGCUUCCUUAUCCUCAUCCUCCGGUGCUGGUACGCAUCGCAAACAAAAGUUUCAGCGCAGCCGGACCGGCUGCCUGAUUUGUCGCAGGCGCAAAGUCAAGUGCUCCCAGGAUGGCUUGCCCUGCAAACAAUGCCGCAUCGGCAAUCGCGAUUGCCACUACGACGAGUCUCAGCCCAAGCAGCCCUCCAAAAGAAGAGGUAGCGUCGGUAGCAGCUCCUACUCCGGCAACAAACGCGAGCGCCAGCGCGACGCGGACAGGCGCCGCUCUCUGCAAAGUGAUGUUGCUCCUCCUCCUCCUCCUCCUGCUCCUCCUCCUCCUCGUCCUCCUCCUCCUCUUCAAGCGGCUCUAGAUCACACUUUGCAAGAUCCAAGCACAUUCAGAGGACUCAGCAUCCCUCCCUUUGUCCAGUCGACCUUCGCACAACAUCCAAUGAGUCAAAACGCAGCUUCGUAUGCCGGCUCCUUUCACGAUCCACGUCCCGCUGGCGGCAUCCCUUCGAAUCCGUUCAACUCCUCCGGCUUCGUCACAAACACUCACGACCCCGCGGCGGGAAUGCGGUACAGUAGCUUUGCAGGUCAUUCGAACCAACCUUCUGCUGGCUCUGUCGCGGAGUGGCAGCAAAGCGUGCAAUGGCCAUCUGCUCCGACCUACCCGCCUCUUCCGAGUCUUCAUGGUCAGGAAGAUGCCUCUCCCGCGCUGGAUCCAAGGAUCAAUCCGUCCCGCUAA